CGCCCAUACCCACGGAAUAUGUGCAAAUUGGCGGCCAACGUUUUUUUUAUGUGGACCUCGUAUCACGCAGUCAUUACAUUUGGGAAAUACUGUGCCUUCUUGCACUGUUCGCUGACAUAGUGACAUUCACAUCGCCAUGGUGGGCUUGUAACAAACAUUAUGAUAACCUGUACCCACGCUGAGGUCGGUGCUCAUAAACGGCACGACAAGCCGACACCGACUGUAAUAGUUUACUUAAAAUUAAGUUAGGGAUCAUUACUAAUCUAAACGAUAUUGAUCCCUGCUUUGGGCACUUCCAACACAGGUUACGUUCUUACUCCUGUACCACUUUUGUGAAAACAAAUAUUAAUGAAAUCAUAUUUGUCAUGUUUUCUCUAUGAGGAUACCGGUCACGUCAUUUAACCGGGGCGUGCAAUAUAGUUUGUUUCGGUUUAAAGACAUACAUUCAAGUAUUCAUUUUUUUUAUUCAUCCACGCUGGGUUGAAUGAACGGGCAUUGAUGCACUGUUUGACUUCAUGCACCAUACAACGUUAUACAUAAAACAUAGCUGUGCUAUAAAAAGCCUCGAGCCUCGAGCCCCGGCCUUUUCAUACAGUUCCCUUCCCCCUUCGAGCUGUAGGCAAGCAUGCAGUCACGUGGUGCUGGGUUCAGUAAUAUUCAAGUCACUGAUAGGUUGGCGUAAGGUGUCCCUAUAUUCCCUCUACCAACUGGAUCCAUCAGUGCAAGCCAAACAACGUACAACUUGGGACGGAUUUCCUUCCGGAAAGACUUCUGUUUCUACUAACAUGACACUUGAAGAUCUCAUCGAAGAUAUUGGGUCCUUUGGGCGUUUCCAGAUACUGAUAACUCUGAUGGUUGGUUCCCCAAAGAUGUUAUUUGGGUGGAGCAUGGUGAUCCCCGUGGUGGCCGGGGUGGUCCCUGACUGGUGGUGCGUGUCGGAGGGUCAGGAUCUCAACACCACCAUGGGGAACUCGUCGGUGUACAAGCAGUGUCCUGUCGGCAACAAUACCUGUAUCAGGGUGUACUCGGAUUCCAUGGUAACAGCUGUCUCACAGUGGGACCUGGUCUGUGAGAAGGGACAGGUCAGCAAGACCAUCAUAUCCCUCCAGAUGACCGGUGUCAUGGUGGGCGUGGCCUUGGCGGGACAGAUCUCGGACACAUUUGGACGAAAGAAAAUUUUCUUCCUGAACAUGGGACUUCAUUCAGUCUUUUGUUUCAUCGGAGCACUUUCUGUAUCCUGGCAGAUGUACGCCGCCGUACGUUUCCUGGUUGGCAUGACUAUUGGGGCCUUUUUAGGAACUAGCAUCCCCCAUUUGAUGGAGUUCAUGGGUUGCAAAUGGAGAGCGGUUGUGACUGCUUUACCGUUUUGGCCUGUCGGUGUGACCUUGUUUGCCUGCUUUGGAUAUCUGAUUCCUAACUGGAGAUACCUUCAUGUCGCCAGUGGAGUUUUAUCUGCACCAUAUUUAUUAGGAUGGUUCUUUGUCCCUGAGAGCAUGCGCUGGUUGACUGUAAAAGGUCGUUUGGAUGAGGCUGAGGCUGUUGUCGAUCUCAUUGCUCGACACAACCGACGUCCGAAACCAGAGAACACCAGGACGAGGCUUGAAGAGGUGGCUAAGAAAGAGUUGGCUCAACAGGAGAAACAAAAAAAAUACACAUAUCUAGAUACCUUUCACGGAUGGAAGAUGGCAAAAAAGUCCAUACUAUGUGCAUUCAUUUGGUUCACCUGUUCUGUGACGUACUAUGGAGUGACGUUCGGCGUCCACAGUCUUUCCGGUAACCUUUUCCUCAACAUCGUUCUCCUCGAACUGGUGGAAAUUCCAGGCUACGUCUCAACCUUCUGGCUCAACAACAAGCUCGGCAGAAAAUGGUCGGCUUUCGGCUUCUUGUUGCUAGCAGGAGUUGCAAUGUGCGGGUCCCUCGGGGUCUAUUUGGCGUCCGAGAGAGGAAUUAUAGUCAAUGUUUUGGCCCUGGUUGGAAGAUUCGGAAUUGGCGGCGGAUGGGUGGUCAUGUACCUAUUCACUAACGAGAUAUACCCAACUGUUAUCAGGUCUCUUGGAUUCGGCGUGUGCCAGAUAGCAUCAAGGAUAGGAGGAGUUGUUGCGCCAAUGUUGCUGCUAAUGGAUGAAAACAACAUACUGGUACCAUUUAUCGUGAUGGGAGGCAUGCUAAUGAUCAGCUGUGUAUGUCUGGUUUUACUUCCGGAAACUAAAGACACGCCCCUCCAGGACACAUUUAAACAUCCGGGUACCCGAGAUCAAAGGUCAGAGGCAGAGACCUUUGACGUAACAGGAGCCCAGUGUAGAGACAACAGCGAAAGGGAGAAAUCUGACGUAACAGUGAUAUAAUUCCUAACUUGUUAAUUCCUAACUCUCCUAUUAGGGAAGGUUGACUUAACACGAGUUCAUUCGUGUUUGUAUCUCUAUAUUAAAAUUAAUUCCUUCUU